ACUGCACUUCUGCAUUUCACACAGAAGCCAAACAUGCACAGCGCUAACGUGACAGACAUGGAAAACACAGCGUACGCUCUAGUCUUUGGGUCUGUUAUAGCCCUUGGCUUGCCUCUCAAUGUUGUGUCUUUGUGGAUUCUGCUUCGCCACCACAGUCUCAAGUCACCCAGCACCGUCUUCAUGGUCAACCUGGCAAUCUCAGACCUGCUGCUCGUCAUCUCCUUGCCCAUGAGGGUCUAUUUCUACGCAACUGGCACGUGGCAUCUUGGCAGCAUGGCAUGCAUCUGGAUCACAAUGCUCUUUCGAAACAACAUCCGUUCAAGCGCCAUCUUCAUCACCUUCAUCAGCGUGGAUCGGCUGCUGGCUGUAGUUUAUCCUCUGAGGUCGCGGCAUCUUCGAACCUCAACCAAUGCCUGGAAAGGUGCUGGACUCAUUUGGCUGAUUUUGUUGGUGGUGAACAUCCCAGAGAGUGUGGAUUUUGCGAGAGGUGCCAAACUGUACAAUCUGUCUUCCUGUUUUGAAUUUCAUUCAGAUCCAAAAAAUUCGAGCGAUGUUGACAAGUGGAUGCACAGUCAAGGAGUUGCAUAUUUUCAGCUUGUGUUGCUGUUCACCAUGCUGACAGUCAAUAUUGUGUCCACUGCUCUGGUGUCUUGGACUCUACAGAGACAUCUGAAUGACUCUGCAAAGGUGAAUAACAAAGUGAAUGUCAUGCUGAUUUUUGCCAUGAACUUGAUCAUGUUUACUGUGUUCUUCUUGCCUGUGUCCUUGGCUGUUUUCUUUCAUCACUUGAGAUCUGCUCUGAACUGUCUUGCGAGUGUGAACUGCUGUUUUGACCCGUUGCUGUAUUAUUUCUCUUUUGAUGGUUUCUGGAAACGAAAAGAGGAUGUUGACAUGUCUCUUGAACUAAAUUAAACUGUGACAGGUGGGACUGAACAGUAUUUAAAUAGAUUACGUGUUAGUUAGUGGUGAGAUUGUUCUGCUUAAAAGUCAGAGGGUGUAUCACUUAAAGUAGAGUUCAAGCAACUCUGCUGGUUGACCUCAAACUGAGAUAGGGUUAUAUUGGAAGCUAUUAAAAGAAAAAAACGUCUUUGUAUAAUUAUAUUUAUGGAGAUAUAUGUUACAUCUUAGAUACUGUGAAAAUGUUAAGCUGCUUCAACUGAAGAAUUGUAAGCUCUCUUCUUGUCUUAACAAUAAUAUCAAUCCAAAAAUGAAUUUUAUAUGUGAAUAUCAAGUUAUUGAGUUAUGUCUUAUUAAAGAUCCUUUGUGGUGUCAAUCAA